GCCAAGACUAUGGACCGCUGCUCAUGGCGGAAAGCGGCAAUUGAGCGGGAAGGAAUACGUCGCAAUCGUCAUGGAAGCCAAUAAGAUUUCUCCCCUGGGAAAAGAUUCAGACUUCUCGAUAUCCCAGAAACGAGUACCUCGCAGUGCCGAUGUCCAGGACCCUGGCUGAUUGCUGUGAAAGCUGCUCCUCUUCCUGGGUCCUUCUCGGAGUUCUACUAUGUGCGAGAGUGCUGGCGAUGGCAAAGUCGAGCCAUCCUCGAGAAAGACAAAUACCAGACGAAAGAUUGUAGAUGCCCUCGGGUCUCUUCUCUCUCUCUCUCGCUCCCACCACCACCUGUCUCUCCUUCAUUUCAAAAGCGGUGUGCCUUCGCCACCCAAGCCCUUCAACAUGCGGUCGUCACUCCUUUCCUCCCUCGUCUGCCUCUGCCUGGCCACCUCGUCGGCCUCGGCCCGCCACGUCCACCAGCUCCGCGCCGACUUCAACCUCGCCUCCCUCCCGCAGACCCACUCGGCCCGCGGCCUCCCCGCCGCGGACGGCAAGAAGGGCGUCCUCCUCAUGAACCGCAUCGGGCCCUCCACCUCGGAGCUCUACAUCGCCAACGCUGACGGCACAAACGAGCAGAAGCUCCUCGGCAACGCCUCGAGCUUCGAGUACCACGCCGCCUUCUCUCCGGACGGCAAAUACGUCACCUUCACCACCGAGCGCAACGGCGACGGCAACUCGGACCUCUACCGGUGCAGCUUUUCCUCUGCCGGCACCGGUAACUCCACAUCUGCCUCGUGUUCCAACCUGGAAGAACUCAUCGCCACACCCGCUGUCGAAGACGCGGGCGCCCUCUCCCCCGACGGAACAAAACUCGCCUACGUCUCCACCGAGAACGGCUACCGCGCCAACAUCUGGGUCCUCGAUAUCGCCACCGGCGCCCGCCGCAACCUCACAAACACCCCCGAGAUCGCCGGCGACCCUUUGCUGCCCGACGGCCACUUUAGACCCAGCUGGUCCCCGGACGGCGAGUGGAUUGCCUUCGCCUCGGACCGCAACACGGCCUGGAGGGGUCACGGCAACGGUACCGGCUGGGAACACACCCAAGAGCUCUCCGUCUACGUCGUCCGGCCAGACGGCUCCGGGUUCCGUCAGGUCGCCACAAAGACGGGCUACUGUCUCGGCUCGCCGAAAUGGAGCCCCGACGGGAAGCGCAUCCUCUACUACGAGAUCACCACCGAGCAGACGUGGGACGCGCACCGGCCCGAGUCCCUCGCCGCCGCCAUCUCUCAGAUUGUCUCGGUCGAUUUCGAGACGGGAGAAGACCGUAUCGAGCAUACCUCUGGCGCCAGCGUCAAGAUGUUCCCGCAGUGGUUGGCUGGUGACGAUAGCACCUCGGAUGGAUCCAGCAGCAACAACAUCGCCUACCUGAUCAAGGGCGGUGACAACGAAGGCUUCAACUACACCUCAGGCGUCCACGCGCCGAAGCCCCUCUACAGCUGGGACGCGGACUGGGAAUACCGCUCCACCGACGUCUUCCCCCAGCUCUCCCUCCAGGGCCGCCUCGUCAUCACCCAGAAGCAGCUCGGCAACUCCUCCAUCGUCUCCAUGAACCCGGACGGCACCGACCUCAAGCUCGUCUUCGACUCCUCCAAGACGGGUGAGAUCGACGCCGCCCUCGUCGCAAAGGGCCUCGCCGGCGCCUUCCAGCCAGCCUGGUCCAGCGACGGCCAGUGGAUCGCUUUCGGGCUAGGCUCCUGGUUCCAGUCCCGCGCGACGGGCAAAGCCCGCGUCUACCGCACCACCUCCAACGGCAGCUUCUACGAGGCGCUCACAGACGGCACUGUCCACUCCGGGUUCCCCUCCUACAGCCCGGACGGCCGCAGCCUCGUCUUCCGCGAGUGGGGUGUCCGCUACGGCCUCCGCGUCAUCGACCUCGAGACCAAGACGGUGCGGAGCCUGACCAACGCGACGGACAACCUGCCCUUCUGGUCGCCCGACGGCGAGCGCAUCGUCUUCACGCGCAAGACGUCGGCGACGAACUUCGACGUCUGCACCAUCCGGCCCGACGGGACGGACCUGCAGACGCUCACGUCCAGCGGCGCAAACGACGCGCACGCCGUGUGGUCGCACGACGGGCGGAUCCUGUAUUCCAGCGGCAUGUACGGGUUCCGGGACGAGGCGGCCAUCUAUGACCAGACGUUCCAGCCGUACGGGCAGAUCAUCGUCAUGGACGCCGACGGGUCGAACAAGCGGAUGCUUACGGAUAGUUUGUGGGAGGAUUCUAUGCCGUUGUAUGUGCCCAACGAGUUUCUCGUCUAG